AUGGCGACGUCGAAUGAUGUCGCCAAUGGCACCAAACAUGAGCCCUACGACAUUAAGAUGACCCCAGACCACCCGAAGUCUCUAGAAGACCCAUCUCAAGGUCGACGCGCACUAGAAGUACAAGAUGCGGGAUAUGAUAUGCCAGAGAGUGGUUUGCGACUUGACGAGGUUGAUAUGUCAGCACCGGCACAGAUCAAGGGUGAAAAUCGAUUGCGACAAAGCCAAUUUCUAGGACAUACGAGUAGCGGAGAGCAAGGGGCACACCGCCGUGGAAGUCGAGCUUCUCGCUCAGAUAUAGAAUACGAUCUACCAGACGAUUAUGUCCAUCUCAAUGAACUUGUAAUACCAUCACCAGUGGAAAAUCCCCGCGGGGCUCCAAUAUAUCUACAUAAACCUUUAGAGGAGGCGAAAGACGAAGAGCAAGAAUACAAACAGGAUCAAAGGGAUCAAGAGCGCAAGAAACGAGACAGCAUUGCUAGAGGUGAGAAGCCACCAGAAGAAGAGAAGAAAGAUGUCAGCACCAAAAAGGCCUCGAAAUUUGCAACGCAAUUAUAUACUAUAUCAUAUCUAAUUUUGUUUUCAAUAUUUGGAACACUUGCUAGAUUAGGUCUCCAAUCCAUCACAUUCUACCCCGGAGCACCUGUCAUCUUCAGCGAGCUAUGGGCAAAUGUUGGAGGAUGUGUAUUUAUGGGUUUCCUCGGUGAGGAUAGGAUGUUGUUUAAAGAAGAAUGGGGCACAGCUACCUAUCACCACAAAAUCCAAGAAUGGAAAGCUAAAGUCAAAGAUGAAGAAAACGGCUCUGGUUCAUCAGCUGUGGGACAAUUACCCGACCUACAAGCCGCAAAGAAAGCACAUGCUGCCACUAAAAAAACCAUUCCUUUGUAUAUAGGUCUGGCAACAGGGUUUUGUGGUAGUUUUACAUCCUUUUCGUCAUUUGUUCGAGAUACGUUUUUAGCACUUUCGAAUAGUUUGCCCAGUCCCCUGAAUCAUCCGCAGGAUUAUAGUCCGGUUAUGGCAGGCACAACUAGCACUGUGAGUCGAAAUGGUGGAUAUUCGUUUAUGGCUACAUUGGCUGUUAUUAUUACGACGGUGUCACUGUGUUUGGCCGCUCUAUUUUUUGGUGCUCAUCUUGCUAUAUUUUUGGAGCCAUAUAUACCCAGCUUUUCGUUUCGUAAGUCCCGCAAGUAUCUGGAUCCUUUUACGGUGUUUUUGGCAUGGGGUUGUUGGCUUGGUGCUGUUUUUCUAGCUAUCUUCCCACCAGAUAGAAAUGAUGCGCCGCCCGAGAUAUGGAGAGGUCGCGCCGUAUUUGCCCUCGUAUUCGCACCCAUCGGCUGUCUAGGCCGUUUCUACGCUUCCCUCUACUUAAAUGGCAAACUAUCAUCAUUUCCAGUCGGCACUUUUGCAGUCAAUAUGUUUGGGACGGCAAUCAUGGGUAUGGCGUAUGAUUUACAACAUGUACCAUUAGGAGGAGUAGUAGGAUGUCAGGUGCUACAAGGAAUUGAAGAUGGAUUUUGUGGAUGUUUGACGACGGUUAGUACGUGGGUGGUGGAGUUGAGCUCGUUAAGGAGGAGUCAUGCUUAUAGAUAUGGUAUGCACGUGUAUGGAAUUUGA